GGAUCAGCUGACGCGUCCGGCCGCACCAGGUGCUCCAGUCGCUCGUCUGUACUGGUAGCACAAUGCAGAGAGGAGGUGCGGUGUUAUCGGCAAGAGUGAGGCAGCCGCGGCGGGACGCGUAGGACACACGCCUUGUGGAUACAACGGCAGCCAAAGCAAGAAGGGGUGGCGAUCUUUUUGGUUACUUGUCUUCAGUGUGGCUGGACUGGCAUACAGAUCGAUCCGUGCGUGCGCCCGCCCGCCCGACGCAAUGUUCAAGAGUGAUGCACCUGGCAAGACGGAUCAGCCCCACGAUAGGUUUGUUCUUGAAGCUUAAAUCAGUGAAGAGAAGCUCCCAGCAGACGUGACAGGCUCCAUGAGACACUACUAAACCACUUCCGAUCAUUGCUAUCCAAUCAUCUUGGCUUAUUGAACUUUGCAAACCUCCCUCCAGUUGACUGGGAUUUUUGGGACUACGGCAUGGCGGGGGAGAGGUUAUCCUUGGUAAUUUGCCGGCUGCUUCUAGGAUUACUAUUUGCGUCGCUCACCGUUUCCUCCGUGCCAAACAGCGAGUGCCCCCAGUUGUGCGUUUGUGAAAUCAGGCCUUGGUUUACUCCACAGUCAACCUACAGGGAGGCCACAACCGUGGACUGCAAUGACUUGCGCCUUACCCGAAUCCCCAGUAACCUUUCGAGUGACACCCAGGUUCUUUUGCUGCAAAGCAAUUACAUUGCAAAGACCACAGAUGAGCUGGAGCAGCUGUUUAAUUUAACCGAGCUGGAUUUAUCUCAGAACAACUUCAGCAACAUAAAGGACGUUGGCUUGACCAACCUCUCCCAGCUUACGACUUUGCACCUAGAGGAGAACCAGAUCAAGGAAAUGCCUGAUCUUUGCUUGCAGGAUCUGACAAACCUUCAGGAGCUCUAUAUCAACCACAACCAAAUCAGCUCCAUCUCUAGUAAUGCUUUCUCUGGAUUGCGAAACCUUUUGAGGCUUCAUCUCAACUCUAACAAGUUGAAAAUCAUCGACAGUCGCUGGUUUGAAUCCACUCCCAAUCUGGAGAUCCUCAUGAUUGGGGAGAAUCCGGUAAUUGGAAUAUUGGACAUGAACUUCAAGCCACUAGCCAAUCUAAGGAGCUUAGUUCUGGCAGGAAUGGAUCUAACUGACAUUCCAGGAAGUGCCCUAGUUGGUCUGGAUAACCUGGAAAGCCUUUCCUUUUAUGACAACAAACUAGUAAAGGUCCCCCAGCAUGCUUUGCAAAAUGUUCCAAAUUUGAAAUUCCUGGACCUGAACAAAAAUCCCAUUCAUAAAAUCCAAGAAGGAGAUUUCAGGAAUAUGCUUCACCUGAAGGAGCUUGGCAUUAACAACAUGGUGGAGCUGGUAUCCAUCGAUCGAUACGCCCUUGAUAAUCUCCCCGAGUUGACCAAAUUGGAGGCCACCAACAACCCUAAACUGUCGUACGUAAACAGGCUGGCGUUUCGUGAUGUUCCCUCGUUGGAGAGUCUCAUGCUUAACAAUAAUGCACUAAAUGCCCUUUACCAGAAGACAGUGGAAUCCCUUCCAAAUCUCCGCGAGGUCAGCAUCCACAGUAACCCACUUCGAUGUGACUGUGUCAUACAGUGGAUGAAUUCAAACAGGACAAACAUUCGGUUCAUGGAACCACUAUCCAUGUUCUGUGCCAUGCCCCCCGAAUACAGGGGGCAAAAUGUUAAAGAAGUUCUAAUGCACGACUCGACCGAGCAGUGUCUUCCAAUGAUUUCUCAUGAUACUUUUCCUAAUCAUCUAAACUUGGACAUAGGCAUGACAGUCAGUCUGGAUUGUCGUGCCAUGGCUGAGCCAGAGCCAGAAAUCUACUGGGUGACACCCCUGGGUAAUAAAAUAACGGUGGACACAUUAUCGAACAAAUACCGGCUCAGCAGUGAAGGCACAUUGGAAAUCUCCCGCAUUCAGGUAGAAGACUCUGGCCGGUACACCUGCGUAGCUCAAAACUCAGAAGGAGCAGAUACCCGAGUGUCGACCAUUCGCGUCAAUGGCACCCUGGUUGAUGGCACUCAGGUCAUGAAAAUCUACGUCAAACAGACCGAGUCCCAUUCCAUCCUAGUGUCCUGGAAGGUUAACUCCAAUGUUAUGACCUCCAAUCUGAAGUGGUCAUCUGCGACGAUGAAGAUCGAUAAUCCGCACAUUACCUAUACCGCCAGGGUGCCGGUGGAUGUCCACGAGUACAAUUUAACACACCUCCAGCCGUCUACCGAGUACGAAGUCUGCCUCACCGUGUCGAACAUCCACCAGCAAACGCAGAAGUCCUGCGUGAAUGUAACCACCAAGAACGCCGCCUUCGCCCUGGAUAUUUCAGAUCAGGGAACGAGCACAGCUCUGGCGGCAGUCAUGGGAACGAUGUUCGCCAUUAUCAGCUUUGCUUCGUUUGCGGUCUACAUCGCUAAAAGGCUCAAGAGGAAGAACUAUCAUCACUCGUUGAAGAAGUACAUGCAGAAAACCUCCUCCAUUCCCCUCAACGAGCUUUAUCCACCGCUCAUCAACCUGUGGGAAGGAGACAGCGAGAAGGACAAGGACGGAUCCUCGGAGACCAAGCCCUCUCAGGUGGACACGACGAGAAGCUACUACAUGUGGUGAACCUCGGAGGACUUUGUUUGCUCCCCAUCCUCUCUCCUCCUUUUGGUCUCUCCCUCUCUCUGUCCUUCUCUUAUUUUUCGCUUCUCGUUCCAGGAAGCACAGAGACACUCUUUUUGCUUUAUUGUGCAAAAGUAAGAAGCUGACCGUUUUUGUUUUUUUCUUCUUCUUUUUUUGGUACUUUCAGCUUUGCUCGUCUGUGGCAGAGUGAAGCCAAUGGGACGCACACUUCAGACGGUGGUUUUGUUUCAAUUUUAGUAUAGCGUAUCGCCUUGACUUUUUUUUUUUUUUUCUUUUCUCAAAAUGUUUAAUUGGCAGCUCGACUUUAGCCUCUAAGAAAUCUUAGCUGCGGCUCUUGUUCGUUUUUGUGAUGCUGUCUCCAGGACUUGUCGGUGACUUUUGGGGGUCCGCUUAGCCUUCUGUGGAGCAGAGGAUGGGAUUUGGGGUGUUAAUCCCGCCGCCCCGUUUUUUUGUUCUGCGCCGCCUCAAACUGAGACAGCAGUGCGCCUCUCCAUUUAGUAAAACAGUUUAACUGUUGUGCACUGAAAAUGAUUUGUCUACUGACUGUAAAAGCUGACACGAGUGGAUUAGACUCGGCAUACUCUGUCUACUGAAUAACGUUAGCUAAUCGUACCGUAAUGUUGUAUCAACUAUCAUUUACAAAGUUUGUUGAGUUGAACAAAACUACUAAUAUUUUGGGUUUCUUUUUGUAUUAGUUUGCAGGUACAAGUACUGUAAACAAGCAAUAGAAGAGUGAAUGUCUGCUAACUUUAGUUAGGAGGUAGAACCUUAGCCACACUUUUUUUUAUACUUCUUAUUUUUUAAUUUGCUAGGAUCUCUCGAUGACCACUUAAUCUUUUGCUGUGACUUAAACAAAAGAAACAAAAGAUGUUGUAUAAUGAAGCCAAGACUAAAAUAAAUUACAAUUUUGUUCCAUUUUUUUUA